GCGGGAGCGCAGGGCGGAGCUGGCAGUGGGGUUUCCGGUCCGCAGUGUGAGGAAGGGAACCGGGAUACCGGGGGCGGAGCGAGUAGCCGGAAACAGCGGGGGUUUCGGCUGAUAUUUACUCGGGUGCCGGAACUGUAAAGGGGGUCCCAGGUACGGAGAGGAUAGCAGGCCGGCUGGAUGUCGGGAAUACGCCACCGCCCUGUGUAGAGGGAGCGCCGGCUGAGAUUUCAUACUCUGACGGGGAUUGGUUGUCCGUGACGAAGAAAGGCAUCCGGCUGUUAUCGGUGUACAGCGCGUCCGGCUGGGGCUCUAUGAGAGCCGGGAGGAGGAGGAGGCGGAGGCAGCGCUAUUGUCCGACCGGAGACACUCCCCAUCCCAGUGUGUGCCACUGACACCGAGGACAGGAAACUUUCUGUUGGAUACCAUGGGAAAACUUCAUCAUGGACUUGCCAAUUGGUGGUGAAAUGAUACCUUGGCAGCACUGUGCGGUGAUGUGAUCCGUCGUUUUGGCCCCUGAGGAUUCUCGGCUGGAUAUUAUUAAGGCCCCCUUGUAUUUGUGGGUUUGUUGAUUGGGAAUCCCUUAGCAUCUGCUGGGAUCCCUAGGCCUGGCUCUUAUGGUAUAGGAACAUGGACCAUAGCAACAGGGAGAAGGAUGACAGGCCACGAGCAGCCAAAGCUUUGCCAGUGCGGACCGGCCAUAGCUCCCGGCCAUCCAGCUCGACCACCUCCUCAGGGGUCCUUAUGGUGGGACCCAACUUUAGGGUGGGAAAGAAGAUUGGCUGUGGAAACUUUGGGGAGCUACGGCUAGGUAAGAAUCUUUACACCAAUGAAUAUGUGGCUAUUAAACUGGAACCAAUCAAAUCUCGUGCACCCCAACUUCAUCUGGAAUAUCGAUUUUACAAGCAACUUGGAAGUUCAGCGGAUGGCCUUCCUCAGGUCUUCUACUUUGGCCCAUGUGGAAAGUACAAUGCCAUGGUACUCGAGCUCCUAGGUCCAAGUUUGGAGGACUUGUUUGACCUUUGUGAUCGGACAUUCACUUUAAAGACUGUGCUCAUGAUAGCCAUUCAGCUGAUAACCAGGAUGGAAUAUGUUCACUCCAAGAACCUCAUUUACAGAGAUGUAAAACCAGAGAACUUUCUUAUUGGUCGUCAAGGGAAUAAGAAGGAGCAUAUUAUUCACAUCAUUGACUUUGGACUGGCCAAGGAAUAUAUAGACCCAGAAACCAAAAAGCACAUACCUUAUAGGGAACACAAGAGCCUGACUGGAACAGCCAGAUAUAUGUCCAUAAACACCCACCUGGGAAAAGAGCAAAGUCGGAGAGAUGACUUGGAAGCAUUGGGACACAUGUUCAUGUAUUUUUUGCGAGGAAGCCUUCCAUGGCAAGGCCUUAAGGCGGAUACCCUUAAGGAACGCUAUCAGAAGAUUGGAGAUACAAAGCGCAACACUCCUGUAGAAGUUCUUUGUGAGAAUUUCCCAGAAGAAAUGGCAACUUACCUGAGAUAUGUAAGGCGUUUGGAUUUCUUUGAGAAGCCGGACUAUGACUAUCUCAGAACGCUGUUCUCUGAACUCUUUGAACGAAAAGGAUACACGUUUGACUAUGUAUAUGAUUGGGUUGGCAGGCCAAUUCCUACCCCUGUGGGAUCCGUCCACGUUGAUUCUGGAACUUCUGCGAUAACCAGAGACAGUCAUGUCCACCGGGAGCGGCCAUCACAAACUCAACCACUCAGAAACCAGACGGGCGCCCCAGACCGCCGAGGAGCUUGGGAGUUACAAGCCAGCCGACAGGCUCACCCCGCUUACCUGGCACCUCACCUGGCAUCAGACCGGCUUGGGGGAUCCGUGCAGGUUAUGAGUUCAACAAAUGGGCAGCUGAAUGCUGAUGACCAAACAGGAGGUCACUCCAACGCACCGAUCACAGCGCAGGCCGAGGUGGAGGUUGUGGAGGAAGCUAACUGCGUGAAAAUGCUCAACUUGUGGUGCUGCUGUUUCUUUAAAAGGAAAAGAAAGAACCACUCUCAGAGACACCACAAGUGAAAUCCCAUAAUCCUUUGGGGAGGAAAUUGUGAGAAUGGCAUCUACAGUGUCGCUGUGUCAGUGACUUCAGGGCAUUGGGGAAGGAUGUAGUUUCUACUUGGUGUAAAACUUGAGGGAAAACAAACACCGGAAAAAACGAAUGUCAUCGGCUAUAAUGGAAGGCCGCCCCACAAAUGGUUCCUAAGACAAGGUGCAAUAAUGCUGAUCCCCCUAGAGCUGAGAACCCUGAAAGGGGCAUGUCCGAGGCUCGAAUUAGGGACUGCCAGGGACCAUCCCGUUAUGUUCAUUUGUAUUAAAUGCAUCAGUUACUGCACUCCCUUAUUGCUUGAAUUCAGCAAAGUUCCUUCCUCCUCCUCUAUAGCCAUGGUUGGGGGUUGCAUCUCAGCUCCCACUUUUACCCCCCACCUUGUUACUUGAGACUGGAGGGAACAGAAACUUGACUACUUUAUAUUUUAAGAACACCCCACCCCCAACAGACUAAAAGGGGUUUUUGUUUUGUUUUGUUUUCUUUUUUUUUUAAAUACUUUUCUACAUUUUUAUUUUUCCCUCUUAGAAAUAAAGUAUAGACAAUUGAAAGCAUUCCACAGUAGACAGGCCGCUUCCUGCAUGGGUAAAUGCCUCACAGAGUCUGUGUUGCACUACUGGCUUUAAACUAAAUAUACCUUUUUUAUAAGACGUGUACAUUCUCUUGCUCUGCUGCACGUUCACCUCAGAGCGAGGCUUGGGCUCAGGUUUUAGGAUGAUGAAGCCUUGUCUCCCUGCUUAGCUUUAUGUAAACAGCAGAUCACAGCUGAUAAACUGAGGAUGAGUAUUUAGUAUUGCUGCUUUCAGGUGAAAAGAAAUCGAUAAACGGACUAAUGAAUAUGGGAAUACCUCUCUAUGCUUGAAUUCUUACUGUAGAUCUUGUUGCAAUGUUUUACUUUUUCAUAGAAACCACCUAAAUUCUCGCAUCUGUUUAAUUUCGCUUGGUAUUGGCAGACAGUACUUUUUCCUACAAAACAAUACUUUGAUUUGUUUUCCAAAUACUGUGGAGGGUAACGGUUGUACCCGUUUUAUAGCAUACACUGAGUUUGGCUGCAGAAACUGUGAAUUCAUUAUCUUUUUAUAUAUUUAAUCAUUGUAAGCUGUCAGAGCUGGUUCUAUCUCGUGGUUUUUUUUUUUUUUUAUGUAUUUUUUUUUUUUUUUUUUUUGAGAAGCAGUUUUGGUUUUGCUCAUUCAGAUGUCGGUUUUCCUUUUUUGUGUCAUAAAAAAAAAAUGGGCAUACAUAAAAAAUGCACUAAUAUGGCUAAUAUAAUGACAUGGCCAUCAGCCAACCACUCCUAAUUUUAACUUGCCAGAAUUCUAUGAAUGACUUUUUUUUUUCUCAUUUAGAGAUCAGCCAGUCUGAUUUCUCCAUCACAUUUCUAACCAUGUGCUUAGAACCAGCCAUGAUGGCUUAUCUUUUUUUCUCCAUAUGAUGAGGGAAUACUGAUAUAGCAUUAUGUAGUCUGUACUGCAGCUUUUCUGAUUGUUUGUGAGCCUUUGAUUGCCAGAUGUGAUAACUCCUGAUGCACUGAUGAGACUGGGAUACCCAAAAGUGGUGUGAUGAAGAGGUUUCCCUACUGCUCCCAGUGCCUUUUUGUGUUACUCUGAGUCUUCAAUUUGAACUUCCAGACACUGAAAACCAAUUGCCACAUGGAUAUGCCUCAUAAGAUGCUUCACUUGCUUUUUGGAGGUAAACCUAGGACUCAUGUAAUUCCUCCUCUGUUUCCUACUCUUCUACAUGGAUGGAUCACCCCCCUCAGGAAAAUUCCCACGUAUCUGCAAUGUACAAAGAUCACUUUUUUGUAUUUUGUUUUAAAGGUAUAUUUAAUUUAGAGUAUUGCAUUGCACUGUAGCUAUAAGGGGAUUUUUUUUAAAACCAGUUUUGUGUUUCUUUUAAGAACUUUAAUAAAUGUUUGUCUGUGUAAUGUUUCAGGUAGAGGUAUAUGAGAUUACUGUAAAUGUAUGAAUGGGCAAAUGAUUUCAUUCUUCAGCAAAACUUGGUGGGGGUUCUGUAUAAUAGUGCUGCAGAAAGAAACGUUGGAAACUACACUGAAUAAACCUGUUGCUACAUGGAAGAGCAAGUUGAUAAUAAAAUGCAUUUCAACACACA